AUGUAUAUUUUGUGGGUACCGUUCGUCUUAAGAAAAAAGGACCCCUUACAGAAAGCAAGAAACAAGAAAAUGAGACCAUUUCAUGACACACCGCAAAAAAUAUUAAAGCCAAAAAGCUACAUGCCUACUUUCACCGCAUGGUCGCGGCUCGGGCACGUCACGGCGGAGGGCUGUGCCGGUUCGGGCGCGGGGUGCGCGGACGAUUCGCGCGCCUCGCCGCCACCGGGCUUCGAUCGCGAGCUCUUCCAGGAGUUAAGCUAUCUACCCGACGCAGAACUACGCGAGUGCCUUGGCGAAUACCCCGACUUCCUGUACCACGUCGCACGGGACAAAUUUGGCAGACUUUACUUUCGUGUCAUCAGGACAUUGCUCCUUGAUAGAGUUCUAUGCAGCAACAGGGUGAGCCAAAUGACAAAAACCUACAAUGACAUCGAAGCGGUAACACGGCUCUUAGAAGAAAAAGAGAAAGACUUGGAGCUCACAGCUCGCAUCGGUAAGGAAUUGUUAUCUGCCAAUGGGCGUUUGGAGGCACGUGUCACCGCGCUCGAAGGGGAAUUGCGAAGUGCACGGGAUCUUGUCACGCAGUUGAGGCACGACCUCAACGCUAAAGCGGAUCUCUUGCAGGUGUUAACAAAUGACACAGAGGAAGGCUCUUCUCCGACGGAGCAAGAGGCGGCCAGCGCAGCGUUGCUGCGCAAGCGUACGGGCGCACUGGAGCGGGAGAAUCGCGCACUGCGAGACGAGGCCGCGCGCCUCGCCGCUGGUGCUGAUUGCGCUGAGCUGGCAGAGCGACAGCUGCUCCGCGACAUCGCACAACAACUCGCAAGUGCAAAUUCGGAGGCGAGUUGCUUGGGGGCAGAGUUAUUGGAGGAGCGCGCGCGUUCAGUAGAUUUACAACAGCAGUUAGACAGCAUCCACACAAGACUCGCUACAAGUGAGAGAAAUUAUUUACAGUUAUCUGGAGAACAUGAACACACGUUACGGAUAUUAGAAAUAACAAAAGAAAAUCAAAAUGCUCUCGCUGCGGAAUUGGCCGACACAAAGGAGCGGUACAUGGAGGUGGCCGCUCAUCUGGCAGAGGCUCAAGAGCAACUCCGUGCGUUGCGCAAGCGAGGCGAGCCGGUGCGCGGCCUCAUGCCAAGUGUUGCGGCGGCUGCGGGGCUACUGCCACCGAGCUUACACAGAGAAAUGCACUCUUCUAUAUACUCGGAGCUCAGCCUCGACUCGGGUAUCGGCGAUCCACUUGCACAAUCAAGCAUGCACAAAGUGUUUGAGACAGUGCAGUGCGCAUCACGAUGGUCAGGCCAGUCGGGUCCCUCUCUUCCCGGCUCAGAUGUGGGCGACGGUCCGUCGGUCGCGCCGAUGCACCAUCGACCGCCGCCCAAACCUUCCAGUGACUCUUUCCUUGAUGACACAUCGGAUACCGACUCCGAUGAUCUAUAUCCCGGCGGCACGGGGGUGGGCGUGCCGGGCGCGCCGGGCGCGGCCGAGCUGGCGGCGGCGCUGCGCCGCCUCACGCCGCAGGAGAUCAACUCGCGCCGCGCCUCGCUCGCCGCCUCGCACGUCUUGCGCCACGUCAGGCGACCAGACAGGGAUUCAAGUGAGGAGAGUGCGGUAUGGGGUGCGGGUGCGGCAGGCGGCAUGGCUCGCUUCAGGUCACCACACAAGCUACAGAUAGUGAAACCUAUGGAGGGCUCGCUCACCUUACACACGUGGGCACAGCUCGCCAAACCUUCCAUGUCAGGUCUUCUAGAGGAACAAGAGGGUGUUGGAAUUAGAGGAAAUCGUUCGGCAGGCGCACUCGGCUUGAGGUUAUACCGGUUGUCCGAUGUCGAAGAGGACGACGACAUGCCACGUCUGCCGCACUCUAGUCAUAUUUAUACCUUCACUAACAGCACGGUGCUUCAUCCGAACGACGGGAGCAUAAUAGGGAGCAGCACCAGCAGCGUCUGUACUAGUGGCAUGAGCAGUCUAUCGAGCAGCGUGCUGGGCAGCGCCUGGAGCUCGCGACUUACUUCCAGACGGUCAUCCGCCGGCGUGUCUCCCGUCCACUCGCGCCGCGAGUCCGUCUGUCUGCCUCCCUCACGCGCACAUUUCUCUACGACCGCCACGCCCGCUAACAGUCCUCUACUGGGCUCGCCGGAUCAAACGCCACCGGCUUCACCGCGACCCGGCGACGGUCCGCCCUCUCUUCACGCACUGAUAGCUAGCGGCACGUCUAUCCUCCGUCGCCGAAACCUCGCCUCGCCCGCCGGCGACAGUUCACUCGCGCAGCUCUCUCUGCAGACGCCCGGAUCUCUGUACACGGGACUCGUCCACCGCAGUCCUAUGGAACAGCUCACCUGCCUCAAGCGCACGCUGCGCUCGCCCGCGGCCCAGGCCGUCGAGCGGCGCUCCUCCGACGUGUCGGAGACCCCUUUAGGGGUCCCCGCCCACCCCGGGUCGGGCGCGCUUGACGCGCCGCCGGGCAGCGCGCGACGCCCGCCCCGUGCGCGCGCGCCGCGGCCCCGCAGCGACCUCGGCACGGUGGGCGGUAGCGGCCGGGGGCUGGCGCAGCUGGGAGCGCCGCACACCACUCCUCCCGCGCCCAGCCCCGGGGCUCUCGGCACCUUAAGUUUACUGUUCGGCCGUAAGGGCGGUCUGAUGUAG